CUUUUUCGUUUUGAAAGUUCGCUUUAUAUCGUCCAUUUAGUUUAACGAUUCGUUUAGGAUUUUACCACGCAAUGAAGGCAACUUGAUGUUUAAUUAAGCGUCUGUGUUAGAUGGUUCUCCGCAUGUCUGACCUGAGCAAAAGGAUACAACUGGUUCAAACUGAGUACUGAAUGGACAUUAUAACUGCGGAUAAGAAUGGCAAGUUCAUCAACAGAAGAAUCGCUAUGCGAUGGACAACACGACUUUCCGGAAAAGGCAUAUGGCAUGUGUCUUGUACAUCAGGAUUUGGUUUGUCUGCAAUGUUUAAUUGACAAGAAAGAAACAGAAUGUAAUGUGAAGCGUAUAGACAAUCUUUCACCGAGUGAAAAUAGCUUGUUUGAGGUAUUGAAAAUCAAACAAUGUCUUGCUGAACGGAAGGAUCUUGUCCAGAGUCAUACUAAAAAUGUACAUGAACAGAGAGAUGAUUUGAAAGACAAAAUUAAACAUCAUGCUGAAGAAUUGGUGCGGAAAGUGAGGGAAAAUGAAAAGAAAACUUUGCUGGAUCUUGAGACACAAUCAAAGGCUCUGCUUAUUAAAAAUGAUGAUCAUGAGAAGAGAAUUCAAGAACUUGAAUGUGAAAUAUCGGUCAAAACCAAACUCUUCUCUGAAGAUGCUGAUAGCAUAAAGAAAAAUGAGGUAAACGAUUUGCAAACAAAGUUACAAAAUAUUGCAGUUAUGGCUGACAAUACAGUAUCGGGUAGCUAUGUUGAGAAAUUGACAUUGUCUGGAGACUCGAAUGGAUUAGGCACUGUGGAAAUUAUUGACCAAAGUCUUAUCUAUGAUGUAGUGCAAGACAAUGCUGUGGAAAUGAGAGACAAAACUGGAAGAAGCCACUCGUCACAAGUGCCUGUUUGCCAUGAUGUCAUAAGCACCGGCCAGUCACCGGAAACCGGACCUAAACCUACAUCUCCGCUUCACACACCUGUUGAUCAAAACACGGCAUCUGAUGAAGUUACACCUUCUGCUGUAAAUACCGAGACUGGGCCGGGUUCUUCCAACAGAGAAGAAAAUAAAACAACUAAGACGAAGUCACGCUUUAGCCUGUUCGGGUACGGCAAAUCUGAGAACGCAAUUGAAAACGAGGACAAUAGUACUCGGGGGAAAGGCUCUACAAGGACCCAAGAAACUCGUAACAAAUAUCCAGAGUUUAAUCCAUUUCCUGGUUUGCGUGGGUCAAAAAAUGAACAUUUUCUUGUCCUUGGGAGUUCUGCAGAAGCUAAAGUUUCGAAACCAUCAAUUUCUAACAUUUUGGUAACGGAUCAAAACGCGUUGAUUCUGUUUGAUCAAAACAAACACAAGGUUAUUGUUUCCAACUUUUCUGGAAAAAUCAUGAUUACACAUGCGCUAUCAAAAGAUCCGAUCAAGCUAACAAAAUUUAAAGAAAACUCGUUUGCGAUAUUGAACUCUAAAAAAUUAAAAAUCAAAGUGUUCUCUAUUGAGAACAAGGAACUGACAAUAUCAGAUGUGAAAAUGUCUGGGUCUUUACCAAAGCCCAUCCAUGUUCUCGGGUUUGAAUAUGGAAAUGUAAAAGAUUGUCAGCAAUUUGCGCUAAGCGGGAUUGUAAAUGAAGAAGGAAGGGUGAUCUUCAUAAAUGCAGAAACAGGCAAAGUUUCUGAUGUUCAACACCAAUUCAAAAUGUCUUCGUCUGGGCAACACCACAACCCGCGAGAUUUUAGAACCUUGUAUGACUUUGAAAAGAAUGCUAUAUUUAUAUUAAACAUACGUAGUAGAACCAUGAAAUGCUUCUCUUUUGAGAAGCUAGAUUUUGAGUGGAAAAUCCAAUGCAAUGAUGAUAGUUUCGCCCCUGAUCAGGUGGUUUUUGACGAUGAAAACCUGUACAUCACAUCCAAUGAAAACAUCACGCUCUUUUCAAAGACGUCCGGAAAAACCAAAACAACACACACUGCAAACAUAGGCAAAGUGAAUGCAAUCUGUUUGAUGAAGGAUCACCGCCUUGCAAUAGUGUCGAGCGAUUCUACCGAGCCGCAGAAGUCAAUGACACUUGAAUUUAUCCCCCUUUAAGAACGAUGCCGAAUUUUGAAUGGUGUACAUAAAUAAAGUAUAUUAGAUAAAUAUAUUAAUCGGACAUUAAAGAACAAUAUGCCAAUUUAUAGAGUACUGACCUUAGAUUGUUUUAGUUAGUCUGGGGUGUUACGGUACAAUGUUGUUAAACAGAUAUUAAGUCGAGUAACUUCUUUAUUUUGUUCUUUAUUUUUUGUUUGAUUUGACUUUUUAUGAAUCAAAAUUAAGUUGAACGUUCUAUUUAUGGAAAUGUAUCGUUGGAGUUAUAGAAUGAUUGUGCUUAAACUGAGAAUAUGAAGAAACUGAUUUUCAGACGUUGGGGAUAGCUUGUGAGUGACAUGAGCUUGUGAGAGACCGUUAAAUAUUACGUAUAUUUUUGUUAUAACUGUGUUUUGAUAUGAUUCAAGAGUUGAUAUACCGGGACAAUAUUAUCAUGUGUAUUCAUUGAAAUAAAUUUUAGAAUUCAA